ACUGCUAAAGUAUUAUUUAUUGUAUAGUAACAGAAUAACACGAAGUAAAGACUAUUCUACUUCUUUUUUAGUGAACAGUUUUUCUUUAGCCUUGGCGAGACUCGGAAAAUCUCGCUGGCUCGGAAAAUUUCGAUUCUAUUUUAAUGUUCAUUUCAUUUUUAUAUAAAUAACACUGUUUGAUACUCUCCCUGAUUCAUUAAUGACCUAUUCCAAGCACGUUUUUUUGAUAUAUACAAAAAGUAGAAAGACAUCACUUCCAAUAAUGCGGAAAAUUUGAAUAAUCCCGGAAAAUCCUUGUAUUUGUCAAAGGGUUGGCAGGAGCUGGGUUAAAAAUACCUUCUGACAGUUGACACACAUUUUCUUGUGAUAAAUCAAUAUAUUAUCUCGGCGAAAUCCCGAUGGUUUUUAGAAAUAGUUUUAGAUUUUUAGGGUGAGUAGAUGUAUUUGUUGACAAAGUGAAAAUGAAAUGGGGGCCCCACACUUGGAUUUAUCAAAGCUGUCUCGUGCUUUUGGCCUUGUGGGGUGUUUGUUGCGAAUUAGGUAACCCUUACCAAAUAUUAGGGGUGUCAAGAUCAGCCUCUCAGCUGGAUAUAAGAAAGGCCUACAAACAGCUUGUUAAAGAAUGGCAUCCUGAUAAGUCAAACCAUCCCAAUGCCGAGGAAAGAUUUGUAGAAAUAAAACAAGCUUAUGAGCUAUUAUGUGAUCCUGACAGGAGAAAAAGAUAUGAUAUACAUGGGAUUACUGAGGAUGACUUCUAUAGAAGGCCAGACUAUGCGCCUUUGCACACAAAUCAUCCCUUUGAGGAUAUUUUUGCCCAACAUGGGGCCCAUUUCAAUUUCCAGGAGAAUGAUAUAACAUUUUUCCACAAGUUGUCCAUAACAACAAGGCAAUAUGAUAAAAUAAUUGUUCCAAAAAGCAGCACGAUACCUCACCUGAUAUUUUUCUACACCGAUUGGUGUUUUCAGUGCAUUCAAACUGCCCCGUAUUGUCGAAAAUUAGUAGAUUAUUUAGAGCCGCUAGGAAUAAAUUUCGUCACUGUCCAUUCUGGGAGAGAAAAGAAUUUGGGCAGACGAUUAAGUAUUCACACAUUACCUUGUUUAGUUUUGUUGUUAGAUGGAGAUAUAUUUGUUUAUAAGGAAACUAUCACUAGCAUUCAAAGGAUAAUAGAAUUUAUAAGAAAUAAAAUGCCGUAUAAAUUAGUAGCUAAAGUGACAUCAGAAGAUGUUGACGACUUUUUAAAUGGCUGGGAAGACAAUAGAGUUAGGGGACUAAUAUUUGAGCCCAGAAGUACAAUUAGAUUGCGAUAUUUGGUCACUGCCUUUCAUUUUAGACAUAGAGCAGCUUUUGGUUUUGUAGAUUCACAAGAAAUUAGAAAUAAGUAUCAAUUACCACAGGAUAUGGACACUGUGUUGUUGUUUAAUGAAAAUACUUCCUACCCAAUGGCUAGCGUUUCUAUGAAAGACAUUCCCACACCUACCUUACAGCACAUUAUAUCAUCAAACCAGUAUCUUUCUUUACCUAGGUUAUCGUCUCAAGCCGUUUUAGAAGCGCUAUGUCCCGAAGAGUUUAAUAAACCCAGAAAGAGGCUGUGCGUUGUUUUAGUAACAACGUCUUCUUCGUAUUAUCUCCCUUACAGACAAUCAUUUAUGUAUUUUGCACAACAGUCGCCUUACAGUGUCGAAAAAGUGAGAUUUGUUUACAUUUAUUACGACAAACAGUCAGAGUUUGUUAAUUCUUUAGUGCCAGAAGGUGAAAUAAUACAGCCUUUAUUGCGCAUUGUGAUUUUGUGGAGAAGGGACACGUCUCAUAUUAGGUACGAAUGGGUACCAGGAAAAUGGGACUCAGUCAAAAAUAUGAGUGAUACUACCUCAGCGUUAGAAAAACUUAUUAGUAGAUCUUUAAAAUCUAACGAAAAUUUACCACACGAAGCAUUUGUUAAGGAUUUAUUAGACGAACAUGCUAGAGGAUUAGUUGGCAGAAUAUAUACUAGAAUAAUUCAAUUCGUAGAGACGACUUACGACGGUUUGACCAAAGAUCAAAUAUUAGCAUUACUUUCGAUACUGGGAACAAUAUUGUUUAUACUAGCAAUAGGUUAUUUCAUGGCGUAUUUAGUUCGAAUAGAAGAAGAAAGCAUUCAAAAGCAGAAAGCCAAAACAAGUAACGACAAUAACAACAGUGUCAAUACGUCAUACCAGCCUGAACUACGUUUACACGAAAUGCGAUCCGAAAGUUACAACGCUUUAGUUAGGUUACUGAAACCCGGUUGUCGUACUAUUGUUUUAGUGCUCGAUAUGCAGUCCAGACAACAGUUAAUUCCACCAUUUCAUAAGGCCGUAUGGCCUUAUAGAAAAAAUAAAACCUUAAUGUUUUCGUAUAUGUACAUUGAAAGAGGCCUUAAAUGGUAUAAGGAGCUGCUUCAGCUGUCUUUACCUGAAGAGAGAGAACUGAAUAUCAAUCCAAGAAAUUGUGUCGGUACGGUUCUCUCUAUAAACGGACAUAGAAAAUAUUUCUGUGUGUUUCAUGCUAAACACAUGGAAAAGACGAAGAAGAAAGCUAAAAAUGGGCCAACGCCAAAAGUGGCUGAGAUUGACUGCGAAAGUGGGGCUUUCAUAGGAUUCAAUUCUGAUAGCUCGGACUCCGACGACGGCGUCCUUUUGCAGGGAGCUCUUCUAGACGGCUUUUCCAACUGGUUGGACCGAUUAUUCGAAGGCACUACCCAGCGUUUUCACGUUAACUAUUGGCCAGAAUUUCCUAUUAAAUAAAUUUAAAUAUAGCUUAAAUAUCAUCUGGUUCAUCAUUUUAAGGGGACACUGUAUGAAGCUUAGAAGAGCCGCAUUCAGAGAAUGUCCUAUACAAGUGUAUUUGUUAUAAUACACAGCUAAUACAGCUUGAAAAGAAACAUGUCGGUAUGUUUUUAUUAAAGAUUGAGGUUAGGAAAUGUUGGUAUGUGGAUUUUGUUGGAAAGAUUUUUUGGUAUUAGGUCUUUAAUUGUUGAAUAUAUAUUUUUAUCCUGUUGGUAUUAUUUUCGAACAGGACAGUGUCCUAGAAGCUUUUUAAGAAAAUUAUUGGUUACAAGAAGUACAGUUUGGUUUCUAAAAUAUUUUACAAACUGACAUUUAUUUUAGAAAACAAUCAUACGUCUUCGUGAAGCUCAUUUAUUGUUAAAUUUCACAGAGAUUCAGGAUAUGGUAUAGGUACAUCUUGAAAUAGAUGUGCAAGUACAGGUAAGAACCGGCUGUACAUUUCGAUUAACAUGACCAAUUUUUUCUUUUUAGGAAUAGGUUGUAAUUUUAAUUGUACUUUAGAAUAAAUUGUUUCCAAUUUGAUACACCAAUUGUUAUUUAUGCAGUAUAGUUUGCUAUAUAUUCAUUUUGAUCUGUUAAAUUGUAUAUAAUUGUACUAGGAUAACAUCUUGGCAGUGAAGACACUUCCUUUUUUACUUCAUUGUACCUGUUAGUAUUUUUAUUGAUGUUUUGUAGUAAAAAAAUUGUUACUCUAAAUUAAAGCACAGUACUAAAAUUUUUUUGUUAGACAUAACAGUAUUUCUCAAGAACCAAUUAUUCACGUUAAGCGUCAAUCAUUUAACGAUAGACAUUGGAUUUAUAAAUUAGGAAUGCGAUUCUUACUUUAUUAUCACAUAUUGCUAUCGUAAGCAUGCUAUGCUUGAAAAAGAUCAUUGUUCCAUUUGGUUUCGUUUUAACAUUGAACUUUAUGAAGUAUGUUCCGUGGUGGUGAGUUGCGUGUAAUAACCUUAUUAUCCACGGAAACAAUUAAAUGAAAUUAAAAUAAAUGUAAAAACAACAAACUGUCAAUAAUAUAUUUAUUUCAAUCGGCAAAACGAAAGUUAAAUUGUCUCGAAAGAGGGUUUGUUAUUUUAGCGAGGGUGUGACCGCACGGGGUGCCCGCUGUGACUCUACUGAACUAGACCAGAAACACUAAUCUGUCAUUAUGUGGUUCUACCAUAUAGCCAGACAGGUGACAAUUUAUUAGAUCUGGUGUUUUAAAAACUGCAAAGGCAUUUUACCUGAAUAGGGAUAUAUUUCGUUUCUUAAAACUUAACAGGCACUUCUAUGCAUAUGGUUUGUAUAUUAGGAACAAAACACAUGUGAAUUUUAAAUGACUCAUAUUAUUUCGUUUAGAAAGGAAAGUUAAUAUUUAAAAUGAGCAAUUAAAAAAAUAGUAAAAUAGUAAUUGAAGCGUAUCGCCACAAGUAUAACAGUAGUCAAAUAAAAUGUUAAUGGCAUUUCACGAAAUGAAAAAUUCAAUAGCUGCGUCUCUGAUUGUUUGUACAUUGUUCUUCUUUAAGUGCCGUCUCCCAAUCGGAGCUUGGAUAUCAACAUCAAUAUAUUUAAAAAAAUAAAAUAAAAAUUCCAUUUUUAUUCAGUUGCAAUGCGAAGGCAAAACAAUCUUAUUUUUCACUUAAAAUAUGGAGAGCAGUGCAGCCCUCUGAAUCGACGAUUUUCGUCUCUUGUUGGAGUCUCAUCGGAGAGAACAUAGAAACUCUCGGUGUUGGUCACUUAGAGUAAUGAAGAGUUUGUAUGUCAACACAAAAAACCAGGUCAGGACAAGUAACAAUCUCAGGCUAAACAAAAAAGAAAUACCGAAAAAAACCAAAAAUAUACCAAAAACCGUAUAUAUGCCAAUUACAAUAUAUGGGGCAGAAAACUGGGUACUUAAUGACAGACAAAGAAAAAGAUUACAAGCUACAGAAAUGAGAUACUUAAGAAAAGUGGUGGGAGCAAGAAGAUUAGAAAAAAGAAGAAACGAAGAUAUAAGACAUGAAUUACAGAUAAAAUCUCUCAACGAAAAAAUUGAAGAAAAGAAGUUGAAAUGGGCAGGACACAUGAUAAGAAAGAGUGGUGACAGACAAGUGAAAAUGACAUGGGAGGCCACAACAGUGGGUAAAAGCACGAGAGGCAGACCAAGGAAAAGCUGGAACACUAGUGUAAACGAAAUACUUAAGAAAAGAGGAACAUCGUGGUAAGAAGCAAAAGUUUUAGCAGCAGAUAGGAAGAAGUGGCGUAAAUUUGCAGAGGGUAUCAUAUAAAGGAGGAAUCCUCGACACCUAAAAUGGUAAAAGAGGCAAUCGAUUAUGUAUGUAUGUAUGUGUAGAAUUGUAUGGCUCACUAUACUCAUCAUUAUCAUUCAAUCUUCGCUUGCCCACGGCUAUACAUAAAUCUUCCUCAUAAUUUUCCAUCUGUUUCGAUUUUAUGCCUCUUGCAUCAAAUUCCUAUAACACCGUUUUAGAUCGUCAGUGCGACGAGUUGGUGGGCGACCUCUGUUUCGGUAGGCAUCGUCUCUUGAUCUCCAUUCCAAUAUCCGUUUUGUCCAUCUCUUAUCUGUCAUUCGAGCUUCUUGACCUAUCCAGUUCCACUUCAGUGCUGCUAUUCUUUAUACAGCAUAACAGCAUCAGCCAUUCCUGAUCUUCGUCGUAGUUGACGGUUUGGGAUCUUUUCUCGCAGUGAAACGCCCAAAAUCCCAACAUAGUACGCUUCAUCACCCUUUCAGCUACACGAAUCUUUUGCAGUGUUCUCCUUGUCAUGGUCAACGUUUCCGCUCCAUCAGUCAACACUGGCAAAACACACUAAUUAUAUUUUUUAUUAUAAUUAUAUAUAUUAUUAUUAUAUUAAUUAUAUAAUUAUAUUAUAUAAUUUUUCUUUUAAGACAUAUUUGUAUAUCGGACGGUUUGAAAAUGUGGUUUAACUUGCCGAAGGCUGCCCAAGUCAGUCACGACGGAAAAGCUCAACGGUUUGGUUAUCUUUUCCUAUGCAGAUCUCGUGAUCUAGGUGUUUAUACGCCAUUACCUGGUAUAUGGAUCUUGUUACAACGCAUAUAUCGCCGGUACCUAUGAUUAAUGUGAUUCCUAAUACAUUUCCAGUGAAAAUAAUAACUCUUUGAUAAGUAUUGGCGAUUACAAUUUUUUUAUAUGCGUGUCCGCACAGAUUAUAACUCCCAAAAUAUUUAUAAUGAAAAGAUUUAGUUCAUAAUAGAUGCCGACGAAAACAAUUAUUUCCCUUUCUGUUUCUGUUUCUGCCGACGAAAACAAUUAUUUCUGAGAACUUUUUACUAAUUAUAAUUUUCGUGGACCCACAAACAGAAAUUAUGUUUUUUGCCGAUACUCCUCAAAAAAUAAAUUUUUUUGCUUACAUUUUAUUAGGGAUUAUAAUUUUCACAAUCAUAUAAACAAAAAUAAUAUUUUUCGUGGCGUUCAUAAAAAGUUCUACUAUUAACGGCAUUUUUCGGAGUUAUACUUUUCGUAGGCAGCGGCGAUAUAUUCGCUGACUAUCAGAUUUGUCAUCAUCUAGGUUUUAGAUAUAUGUAUUUUCAAUCCCCCCUUCUAGUGAGGAAAGGUGGAGCUGAUAAAAGUUCUUUACCCUUUUCAUCAUCAUCAUCAUUCUCUUUGCCUUAUCCCUAUGCGGGGUCGGCUUCCCUAAUUGCAUUUCUCCAAACAAUUCUAUCUUGUGCCUUAUCCCUAUGCGGGGUCGGCUUCCCUAAUUGCAUUUCUCCAUACAAUUCUAUCUUGAGUCAUAUCAAUAUUAAUCCCCUUUACCAACAUGUCCUGCCUAAUCGUCUCCCCCCACGUCUUCUUUGGUCUUCAUCUCGUACUCCUUCCAGGAAUCUGCACUUCAGCAAUUCUUCGUAUUGGGUGAUUAGCGUCUUGACGUUGAACAUGACCAAACCAUCUCAACCUAUGCUCUCUCAUUUUGGCAUCAAUUGGUGCCACACCUAGACUUCCCCUAAUAUACUCAUUUUUAUUUAAGUUAAUUCAAGUUCUUUACCCUUUUAUGAGCCAUUAAAUAUAUCCUAUCAGCAAACGUCAGGUAAGCUAAGUUUUUCUCUGUUUGUGUUUAUGCCCUUGUCGCUUAGUUUUGGCCAUUUAUAUAAAUAUAUAUUCCAAAAGUCUAGUAAACAGUUUUGAUGCUUUGGUGUCCCCUGGCCUACUCCACGUUGUAUCGGAAACCUGAGUUUGAAAAUCACCCACUCUAACACUCACUGUUGCGUUUUAGUAUAUGUGUAUAAUUAUAUUUAUAUACCGAUAGUCAAUUCGGCAUUCCAAUCAAGGCUUCCAAUAGUCUUUUUUGAUUUAUAGUGUCAAAUGCCUUUUCAUAAUCCAUAAAUAUUAAAGCUAGUGGUUUAUUAUAUUGCAUGGCGGGCUAUAGAAUGCGAGGUAUUCGAAGUUAUUCGAAGAGACGACAGUAAACAUUAUAAAUCGCCAUUGCAUUUUUCGCUGUUAGUAUAUCUACCUACAGUUGAGUCCGGGAAUCUUUAUCCAUGCGUCGUCAUUUAAAGCAUACGAAAUAAGUCGAUGAUAAGUCGGAAAUUGAAAUUUACUAAACGAGACAGCAAGUGACAGUAAGUGACUUGCUGUUGCGUUUAGUAAAUUUCAAUUUCCGACUUAUCAUCGACUUAUUUCGUAUGCUUUAAAUGAUGACGCACGCGUAAAGAUUCCCGGACUCAACUGUAUGUGAGCACAAGUGUAUAUUUCUCAUUGAGAUAGAAAUCAUAAUAAUAACAGUCUCCCGUUUUAUGCCGCUAACGCGGCUUUGGGAUUAUAGCAAGGUAGUCUGCUAUAUAUAGGGCCUACGGUAUACAAGGAAGGUAACAGGACCAGUGCUACGCUUCAACAGCCUAUUAUUACCCCUGGUUUUACCCAAGUUACUCAUUUUAUUCAGACUGAGUCGACCUGGGGCCUAUAGACAUUUAAAAAUGUGUAGAUGUUCCCGCCAUCGCUGGGUUUCGAACCCUGGCCUACCUGCGUAGAAGUCAGGCAUCCUACCGCCUGAGCUAUCCGGGCCCUGUUGAGAAAUCAUAAUACCCAGGUGAAAUGGAAGACCUCUUUGACUAGCCUCACGUAGCAGUGGAAUGAAUUAAAACGAAUUUUAGUAUUUAGUCGUGUCGUUUUACGUAAUUUAUAUUAUUAUCAAGGAGUUUAAGCUUGCACGACCAUUGUUUUCUAAUAAUACAUUGUUUUCAUGGUUUAUAGAGCAUAUUCUGUAGUUAUUUUUCCCAAUAUUUUGUCGGCGAUUGCUGCAUAAAUCAUCAACGUAUCAUUAUUUUAAAUUUUUAUACAAAAUAACAUAAAUAUUAUUAAUAAGUUAAUAUGAACCCCUUCGUUCAUUCAUAUUAAGUUAAUAUGAAUGAAGUCAAGAUGAAACCCUACUGAUUGGAUCUUAUAAAAACAAUAAGACUAUGUCAGACAGAAAAAUUUAAGUACUUUAUUAUAAUUAUCAACUAGUUACUUUAAAAAUAUAGGAAAAUGAAUAGAAUGAUAUCGGAGUGGACCUUCUUACACCUUUAUAUACCCUUAACCGUAUUAGGCUUGUAUCAAAAUUUUUAUGCGCAUAAUAUCGUUCUUGUUAAAACAAAUAGGCCUGGAUCCUGCGUACCAAAAAAAGGUUAUUAAUAGCAAGCUGAAAAUUUGUUAAUAGCUUAACGGUGUCUAGUCGGACAAACUUUGAUGUAUGGGAACACUGGAACAGGGGAAGUUUUAAUUGUGGGACGUGAUUUUAGUUGUGGAACAUAUCCUGACAAGUUUAUGAUUGUAAAAACUAGCAGGUUAGAGUCUGACGUUUGAAACCUGUAACCUGUUCCUCAAUUAAAACUUCCCCUGUUACACUGUUCCCGUACAUCAAAGUUUGUCCGACUGGACACCGUUAAGCUAUUAACAAAUUUUCAGCUUGCUAUUAAUAAACUUUUUUUGGUACGCGGGAUCCAGGCCUAAAACUUUUAUUCACUGAUAACUCUUGAAAGUAUGAACUGAAGUAUUCAAUUUUUCUAGUCAAAUAGUAGGUUUAAUCAAAUUGAAUAGUGAUAGGUAUUUAUAAAUGACAAAAACUUUUAGAUAAGUAUAAUAAUCAUUUUUAAUAAGGACACUUUUAUUUUCAUCCAAAUGGAAUGUUGAGAAAAAAAUUAAAAAUAUAUACUGGGUGUUUCCAUAAAUAUAAAAUUUAAACUAAAGUACUUUUUCAUAAUAAAUAGAAGAGGUGUACAGAUUAUCAGGCAGAGUUAAAAGUCUGGAAAUAAAAACCUUGCUAUUCUUUGAUCGGUUGUAGAGUAUUUUUCGUUCCAAAAGAUUUAUUGUCCAAAAGUUGCAAAAAAUUUAAUAGAGAAAUCUUGUUGCAUGUUGAUAUUGUUCAAUAAAAAAUAUAUUUGUUUCUUUGACAUUGAAAGUAUGACUAAAAUAAAUCAGCUUUUCAUAACAUUUUUAAAUGCAGGUCUAAUAAAGCCUUGAACAUUUAAUUUGUGUGUUAAUAAUAAUUUGAUUUAACAAACUGCUCCAAAAUGAUGUACAUAUUACUAAAGAAAUUUUAAAAAUCUCUACAGUUUUUUUUAUAACUUACCUCAAGGAACUCGAUUCCUGAUGAAUUUUACUUUUAGAACCUGAAAUAUUUUCCUCUGAACCACCUUUCUCAUGUUUUGUAGGUUUAUCACUUCGUAUACAGUGAUGAGCGCGCUAAUAACCGACAAAAUAACGCAAAAGAUGAAAAAAAAAACAUAAGGCGUUGUGAAAUAAAAAGAGAUGAAACUAGGAGAGGUCCAGAAAUUGAAAUCAGGAGAGGAGUUAGGCAGGGAUGUAUUAUGUCUCCAUUACUUUUUGAUGUAUAUAGUGAAGCCAUUUUUGAAGAAGCAUUACUAUCUCAAAUAUAUAGUCCGUCUAGAAAGUAUCCGGAAUUUUAUAUUUUUCCUAAUUUUAAUAGAUUUCCUUUUUGAAACAUUUUAAGACAAAAGUAAUGCAUUAGGUAGGUUGUGCCGAUAGUAGGUUAUGGACAAAAUCGCAUGACAACACCAUCUGUCAAAUAUUGUUGUUUGUAAACAGACUUAAGAUUGUGAAAUAAUGUCGCAAGUAGAAAAAAGAAAAGUGGUGGAAUAUUUGUAUAGAAAGGGUGUCCGAAACGUUAAAAAAUUAGUGCAGUUGACUGAACUCGGAAAAAGUGCAGUGUAUGAGACAAUAAAGAGGAUAAAAAAUAAAAAUGGCAUAGAUAUGAGAUAUAGACCAGUUUCGGGUAGACCGCGUAAGAUUCGCGGAAACAAUUUAAAUGCUUUAGGGGCUUUAGGACGACAAAAUCCGUGCCUAGGGUUUCGAAAAUUAGCGAACAAAUUUGGAAAUCAACGAAGAAUAAAAGUGUGCCCAGAAACUGUCCGCAUGUCACUGAAAAAGCAAGGCUACAUAUCAAGGAAUCCAAAAAAAAUCUCUACAAUGACACCUCUGCAAAGGCAACGAAGAAUAGAUUUUUGUCAACGUUUUCGAGAAGAUAAUUUUAAUAAUGUCUUUAUAUCUGAUGAAAGUUGUUUCCAGCUUGGUGCAAAUCAUCUAAAAGUCUUAUCAAGAGAAAAUGUUACCGUUCAAAUUUCCUAAUUUCCCACUAAAAUAAUGGUUUGGGGAGCACUAUCUCAGCGUGGUGCUACACCUCUCUGUAUAGUUAAUGGUACUGUUGAUAGUGCGAAAUAUUGUGACAUCCUAAAUUAUUUUCUUCUUGACACGGCUCAUGUUUUAUAUCUAGAGGGGUGGCAUUUUUAGCAAGAUAAUGCAAGAUGGCAUACUUCUGCUUAUACUCAAGCUUGGAUGCAAGAACACGAAUUGGCAACAAUUUCGUGGCCAGCAGCAUCUCCAGAUCUUAGCCCCAUUGAAAACAUAAGGGGACUGAUGAAGAUUGAAGUGGAACGAGCGGCGCCACGACAUAAAGAAGGUUUGAUUUGGUCAGUUUUACAGGCCUGGAACACCAUUGCCCAAAAUGAUGGCAUUGACCUAGUUUCGGGUGUACCUGGACGUUUAGUUAAGUGUUUAAAUUUAAAUGGAGGUUGUAUAAGUAAAUGAGAUGAAUUAUUUGUUGAAAUUUUAUAUUUCAAGUGAUAGAAAUAAAUACCGUAAAAUUAUAAUUCCGCUUUCUUUUUUCCGGAUACUUUCUAGACGGACUAUACAUAUAAUAGGAUAGGAACAUAUAAAUUUAUGUUACAUUACAUAGUUUCCCUCAUACUAUAGUCAUACUCCUCCGAUACUUACAUGUAUCGGAGGAGUAUGACAACACAUCACAGACGUCUAAAGGUGGGAAACUAUGUAAUGUAAUAUAAUUUUAUAGGUUUCUAUCGGUAUUUUACACUUUUACUAGUUUCAUCUCUUAUUAUUUCACAACGUGUUUGUUUUUCAUCUUUUGCGUUAUGUUGCCGGUUAUUAGCGCGCUCAUCACUUUAUAAAACUCUAUAGUUUCAGAACCUUGCUAAUUCUAAUACUGGUUGGUCUACUACUGGAAAUUAUUCACAACGUUGUUUUUUCUACUUGUAUGUUGUACUAUGGAACAUUAUCUUAUUUCUAAUAAUCAUUAUGGUAAUUAUCCGACUUCGAUUUGGAUCUGAAUUUCAAUUUUCUCUUAUUUUAAUCUACCCUUUAGAAUCUACUCUACAAACAAUGGAAUAAUAAACAAGUUUGUAGAUUGUGAUUAUUGUGAGGGAGCUGCCUAGUGGCAGUUCUCUGGUAUUCAUUUAAUUCGAUCAUCUGGCCAGUUUUACUUCAGUCUUCUUUCUAUUAUUUGUUGAUUGGAUAGUCUCCCUUCAAGUUGGUUGGUAUGGUCUUUUAUCCAGAUAUUGUGCUUUAUAGCUCUUGACUGAAUGAUAUCUUGAAUUGAAUUUUGAGAUCUUCACGUAUGGUUUGAUUUGACACGUAACUUACUGCAUUGAUGAUAGAGCACUGUGUUGUAGACAGGAACAGCAUGCACAGGAUCAUUGUGGACAGCAAUUAUUGCUGUAUCAUCUCCAAAUGUAUCGUUACCUUUUGGUAGGUCCGCUGUGUAGAUAAGGUAUAGAACGGGCCCUAGCAAACUUCCUUGUGGUACUUCUGAGUUGAUGAGCUUAUAGUUGCUUAGUUCAUUGCCCAUUUUUAUUUGAAAUUAACUAUCUUGCAGGUGAGGUUUUAAGAGUAGAUGCACUGCUCUGUUGUGGAAAGGUUUUUUCUAAACCCAAAUUAGUCAUUGGUAACUAGUUGAUUGACAUCCUUUAAUUUUUUUGAGUAGUAAAACUUUUGACAUUUUUUAUCACUUGCAUUCCUUCAGAUGGCUUUAUCACGUUCAUAACCUUACCGAACUAAUAUGUGUGCUUUUUGAAUCGAAACUAUAUGCGAUUUGGUUUUUCUUGAAUAUUAGGAUUACCCCCUAGGGGGGUAAUCUUGGCCGUGGAAUAUUAUUAAAAUCCAAAAUAAAUUUGAUAUUUAAGGCUAUACAUUUCAAAACUGUUAUGAAACCGAAUAAUAUUUGUUUCACUUUACAUUGAAACACCCAAUAUACAAAAUCUGGCACUUUAAAAUAUAUCUAAUGACUUUCGGUUAAUUAACGUAUCUUCUUUUGUUUUUUAUUUAUAACUAUUGUAGCUGCCCACACGAUUUUUGUAGGUAGUAACGAUUUAUAACAAUCUGUAGGUUUUCCAUAAAAAUCACCGUAGAAAGAGAAUAGUGUAGCUAAAUAGCUCCAGUGAAACAAACUUUUAUAAUUAAUUGUUUUUUAAUUUAUUUCCAUUCAUUUGUUAUUUAUUGUAUAAACAUAUUCUGUGAAUCUGCUGCAGAUUUGUAAUAUAUAAUUUUUUGAAACGUG